GUCUCACUGCCAUCAUCAAGUCCAGGCGAGGAGGGAGGAGUUUUUAAUGUUCAGUUUGUACUAUGUAUCGAUGUUUGCUGGCAUCGCCUCACCCUGCCUGCUCCUUGCGUGAUAUAGCCUACUGUACCAUUACCAAAACAUUUUACGCUCUUCCUUCCAUAUAUGCUAUUCAAUACAGGGUGCUCUCAGAACCUGACUGGCAUCUAUCUAUCUGACGGACGUCGUCCUAUGGCUUUGGUGGACCGAAACGGAAAGAAAAUGAGAAGACAAUACGCCCUAUAUGAUCUAGGAACGGUGAAAGAAGAAUAAUUGCUUUGACACCUGCAUUGCCCAGUCAACGUUUUCUGACUCUGGAUUUUAUAGGAAGAGGAAAGAAGUAGGCUACUCUGAGAGCAAAAUAGAGAGUCGCUCGCUCUGCAUGGACUAGCUUAUUAGACUGCAUACUGAUUUCACCUGGACAGAGUGAGCUACGUGAACUACGAGUUAAAAAAUGCCAAGGAGGAAACAGCAGGCGCCGAAAAGGGCUGCGGUAUACGAGCCUGAUGAACAUGGCAUCAUGCGAGAGACCAUCUCUGAGGAUGACAGAGAGAAUGACACUCCAACUGAAGAGAAGACGAGUCCCAAGGCCUCAGAGGACAAAGAGAUGGACAACAAAAGCAGCUACAGCAACCAGGACUCCCCCGUCAGUGUCCUUUCCCAUCAAGAAGCCGAGUUGGAGUCGCGCCUUAGCGACGCCAGCGAUAGACUCUCACUCUCAGACUUCAAAAGUUCCCCACCACCUGAAAGCCAGAAGGACGAGGGGAGCAGCGGUUCGAAACACAAGGAUGACAUGCACAGCAGCCUGGAGAAAAUGAGGGCCGCCUAUGCUAACUUUCUCUCAGAUUCCUACUACACAGGGAUCGGAAUGGACUUGAAAAUUAGCAAAACUCCCAGCAAAGCUAACUGUGACAGCACCAAUGUUAGCACCAAGAGUGAAUUUGACUGGCAUCAGGAUGCACUAUCCAAAACCUUCCAGCAAACACACUCCCCAAAGCCUGUGUCCAAACCCAACCUCUUCAGCUCGGUCCACCUCUACAGACAAAGCAGCAAAGCAGGUGGGACAGUAUUUACAGGGGCCAGCCGAUUCAAGUGUAAGGACUGCAGUGCAGCCUAUGACAGUAUUGUGGAUUUGACAGUGCACAUGAACAAGAGUGGACAUUACCAGGACAACAAUCAUGGAAAACCAAGCAAUGCCUCCACAUCCUCUUCCAAAUCAAGGAAACGAAAUUUGCAAGACAUGGAAGGGAAAGAGGAUGCACAGAAAGUUCUGAAGUGUAUGUUCUGUGGCCAUUCUUUUGAGUCCCUCCAGGACUUGAGUGUCCAUAUGAUAAAAACUAAGCAUUACCAAAAAGUACCUUUGAAAGAACCUAUCCCAGUACUCUCACCUAGAUUACUGCCACCAGCAAAGAAACGGACCUAUGAGGCCAACAGACCUUGUUCUCCUGAUUCUACCACAGGGUUAGCUGGCUACAGCGAGGCCCAACGGUCCGCUGCUAUUUCAAAUGCUAACAGUAAUCGCUAUGGUUAUCAGAAUGGGGCUAGCUACACUUGGCAGUUUGAGACAUGCAAAUCUCAGAUUCUAAAAUGCAUGGAGUGUGGAAGCUCACACGAUACCCUGCAACAACUCACCACUCAUAUGAUGGUCACUGGACAUUUCAUGAAAGUUACACACUCAGCCUCUAAGAAAGGGAAACAGUUAGCUCUGGAUCCCUUGGUUAUAGAAAAGAUGCAGGUAUUAGCUGAGCCGCUUGCUAACAAAACUGAUGGCGAUAAAGUGUCUCCAAAAACAUAUUCCCCAGGGGGCAGUGAGAAAGAUAGCCAGAGGGAAGGCACAUUGGACAAAAUGGAAGAAAGUGAAGUGAAAGAUGACAAGGCAGACAGUGAGGAUCAAAAGGCAGGGAACAGGGUGAUUAAAUAUCGAUAUCUUUGUGAGGAGGAUCUGGAGCAGCAGGGAUUGUCAGGUGGUGGAGGGGAUAUCCUCAAGUCUUUAGCCAACACGGUCGCCUCUGCAAUCAACAAGGCUCAGACUGGGACCCCCAGCUGGAGUGCCUACCCCAGUAUCCACGCUUCCUAUCAACUCUCUGGGAUCAUCAAGAGCAGCACUCAUCUCUCAGCGUCUCCCCCCAUUCAGGUAAAGCACACAUUCAACCACAAGCUGAGACCGAUCGCCCCAAAGGGGAAGUUUCUUCAGGGUGCUGGGGGAGUUGACACUCCACAGCAACAGUAUCGAAAAGCGGACACCAAGAAAGAAAAGGUUGGCAUUAGCGAUGGUAAAGAACGUCUGAAUAUUAAGUUUGAUCUGGUGGAGAAUAAUGACAGCGAUUGUCAGGAUAAUUCCUCUACCUCUUCAAAGCUCGACGCAGACUGUCUGAAUGAAGGGAGUGAUGUGAUCAAAGGGAAGUGGAGCCCAGAUUUCUCAGACAGAGGCAAGACACCAAGCCCUCCUGCCACCGGUGGACGAAGCACUACUUCAGAGCUUGUCAAUGACACCCCGGAAAUACUCGGCAUAAACCCUCUAAGUGCACUGCAAUCAGUUCUGAACAGCCAUUUGGGUAAAGCAAAUAAGCCCACCAAUUCAAGAUCUGAAAAUAGUAAACUAUCUGCUCGCUCUCAAUCUAUAUUAGCUGAACUGAACCAGAGUAUGGAGAAACCAGCAGUGGUGCAUGCUACCCCUGCUAGGAACAGCGCUAACAUUGCCUUCCUGUUUGCUAGCAAUGAUCAGCCAAUAGACCUGACAAAAUAUAAACCUAACAAACCAAGUUUCUCCCAUCUACAACCCUUUGCCCCAAUGCCACAGAAACACGCUCUGUCUGACAUUGCUGACAUGGUCAAGGUUCUUCCUAAAGCCACCACACCAAAAGCCUCUAUGCCAUCAAGGAUACCCACCAUGAAACUGGAAUCAGACGUGAGAUGCUCUGAGGAUGUGUCGGCUGAGGUAUACUCGGUUCACAAGCGCAAGGGAAGGCAUUCGAACUGGAACCCCCGACAUCUUAUCAUCCUCCAAGCCCAGUUCGCCUCCAGCCUCUUUCUGACUUCUGAGGGCAAGUACUUACUCUCAGAUCUUGGUCCUCAGGAACGAAUGCACAUCUCUAAGUUUACUGGACUGUCCAUGACAACCAUCAGCCACUGGUUGGCCAAUGUGAAAUACCAACUUAGGAAAACAGGGGGGACCAAGUUUCUGAAGAGCAUGGACACUGGCCAUCCGAUCUUCUACUGCAAUGACUGUGCUUCCCAGUUCAGGACACCACCAGCCUUCAUCUCCCACCUGGAAUCACACCUAGGGUUCCAAAUCAAAGAUAUGCGCAAAUUGCCUAUUGAGCAUCAGACGAAGGUAGAGGAGCCAGAACUGUCAAAGGCUCUCAGUGUCCGUGCGACAGAGACGCUAGUCACAGAGGAGGAUGUUGACACUAAGUUCAAAUGUAAGCUGUGUUGUAGGACAUUUGCUAGUAACCAUGCAGUUAAACUCCACUUGAGUAAAACUCACAGCAAAUCACCUGAUAACCAUUCACAAUAUGUGGAAAUGGAUAAAGAGUAGGAGUUGUUCUUUUUUGCUACCUUUUUUGUUGUUAUUGAUUUUUGAAACACUGGUUAGAUAUUUCAGCAAUGUUAUCCAGUAGCAUUGAAAACAUUUGAUUGAAUAUGACAUGGACACACUGGCUAGACUAAACCCUAAAAUGUUAAAGAAUACACCAACUUAUACCUUUGCACCCUUCUUAAAUGCAUCACCAGUAAUGAAAUGUAUUACUGCUUGAAAUAUAAUUGCUAACGUUUGCAUGCAAUAGCUCUGGCUAUGACUACUAUUUAUUUGUAUAAUAUGCCAAGUUUCAAUUGUAUUAUUUCAAGGAAAAUGUAAUGGAUAAAUUGUAAUGAUCAUCUCCAAUGCUACACCUUUGUAAAAUAUGCAGCUGUUUUAAACAGGUAGCCAGACACAUGUUAACACAUUUAUUGCACUGUACAUUGAACUGUACAGUGAAUUGCUAUGUAAAAAUGUUUUGUGUUUCAAUGAUAGAACAGAAAAGCACUUUAAUAAAUGUUAAAUCACCAGGUUAGACUCAGAUUCUGUACAUGAACCCAACAAAUUUAGACAGGUUGGAAACAAGGAAAAAUCAAAUCUAAAUGUGUUUCAUUUUAAAAGGAUGACAGUGAGACAAAUGAUACCUGCACCUUUUUUUUACCAAUUGAAAUAAAGAAUUAACAUUUGAUACCA